CCAUGUAGUACAGGCAGCGGCUGUUGACCUUUCUUUUUCCUCCUUGUCACCUGGCCUCUGUGGUGGCAGGCUGGGCACGAGGACCAUGCUGUGCCGGACCCUCCGAGAAGUUUCUGCAGCACUGAAACAAGGCCAAAUUACUCCAACAGAGCUGUGUCAAAAAUGUCUCUCUCUUAUCAAGAAGACCAAGUUUCUAAAUGCUUACAUUACUGUAUCAGAAGAGGUGGCCCUAAAGCAAGCUGAAGAAUCAGAGAAAAGAUAUAAGCAAGGUCACUCACUUGGGGAUUUGGAUGGAAUUCCUGUUGCAGUAAAAGACAACUUUAGCACAGCUGGCAUUGAGACAACAUGUGCAUCAAAUAUGCUGAAAGGGUAUGUACCACCUUAUAAUGCUACCGUAGUUCAGAAGUUGUUGGAUCAGGGAGCUCUACUAAUGGGAAAAACAAAUUUAGAUGAAUUUGCUAUGGGAUCUGGAAGCACAGAUGGUGUAUUUGGACCAGUUAAAAACCCCUGGAGUUACUCAAAACAAUAUAGAGAAAAGAAGAAGCAGAAGUCCCACGAUGAGAAUGAGGAUUCAAAUUGGCUUAUAACUGGAGGAAGCUCGGGAGGGAGUGCGGCGGCCGUGUCAGCGUUCACAUGCUUUGCGGCUUUAGGAUCAGAUACAGGAGGAUCGACCAGAAAUCCAGCUGCCCACUGUGGGCUUGUCGGUUUAAAACCAAGCUAUGGCUUAGUUUCUCGUCAUGGUCUCAUUCCCUUGGUGAAUUCGAUGGAUGUGCCAGGAAUCUUAACCAGAUGUGUGGAUGAUGCAGCAAUUGUGUUGGGUGUACUGGCUGGGCAUGACCCCAAAGAUUCUACCACAAUACAAGAUCCUGUUAAACCAUUUAUGCUUUCCAGUUUGACAGAUGUGAGCAAACUAUGUGUAGGAAUUCCAAAGGAAUAUCUUACACCAGAAUUGUCAAGUGAAAUACGGUCUCUUUGGUCCAAAGCUGCUAACCUCUUUGAGUCUGAGGGGGCCAAAGUAAUUGAAGUGUCCCUGCCCCACACCAGCUAUUCGAUUGUCUGCUACCAUGUCUUGUGUACAUCAGAAGUGGCAUCAAACAUGGCAAGAUUUGAUGGGCUAGAAUACGGUCACAGAUGUGACAUUGAUGUGUCUACUGAAGCCAUGUAUGCUGCAACCAGACGAGAAGGGUUUAAUGAUGUGGUGAGAGGAAGAAUUCUCUCAGGAAAUUUUUUCUUAUUAAAAGAAAACUAUGAGAAUUAUUUCGUCAAAGCACAGAAAGUGAGACGACUGAUUGCUAAUGAUUUUGUGAAUGUGUUUAACUCUGGAGUGGAUGUCUUGCUAACUCCUACCACCUUGAGUGAGGCAGUACCCUACACGGAGUUCAUCAAAGAAGACAACAGGACACGAAGUGCCCAGGAUGACAUUUUUACACAGGCGGUAAAUAUGGCAGGAUUGCCAGCAGUGAGUGUCCCUACGGCCCUCUCUCACCAAGGGUUGCCAAUAGGACUGCAGUUUAUUGGACGUGCAUUUUGUGACCAGCAGCUUCUUACAGUUGCCAAAUGGUUUGAAAAACAAGUACAGUUUCCUGUAAUUCAAAUUCAAGAACUAAUGGACAAUUGUUCAUCAGUCUUUGAAAAUGAAAAGUUAGCUUCUGUUUCUCUAAAACAGUAGUGAUAAAUAUAUGACGCAAAUUAAAAUGACUUUUAAAGAUUUUAUAUUCUAGAGAAGUCAACUGAUCUUGCUAAAUUCUUAUAAUUUGGUUCAUUGUCAACACAGUUGUUCCUUGGAAUCACUUUUUAAGAUUCUUGUGAUAUAGUUAAUUUAUUAUAAAUAAUCUGUCAGCAUUCAUUAAGCAUCCACGAAGUGCAAAGUACAGGAUUUCUACUAUAACACAAGAUACAUGUUGCUGAAAAACGAUGAAUUCUGCAAAAAUAUUCAUUAAAAAGAACAGAGCUUACAGUACAAAUAAGCUUAAGGAUAAACCUCUCAACUUGUAUACAUCUUUGUAACCAAAGCACUAACAGAAACGGUAAUUGGUACCUCCAGAGGUAACCUGGACAGCCGGGCAGACAGGCAACUCAACAUGUGGUGGGGGCUGCCUCAGGGGAUGUUAAAAAUGCACAAAAACAACCAAAUGGGAAUAUUUGCCUCUGAGUUCUGAGCAAAGCAGGUGAAAGCGGAGCUCUGAGCAUAGUAGGAAGUGCCACCUGCCGGGGCCCGGAGUCAUGCAAGACCGGGGUAUGCCUCUCUGGGGAGGACCCCAGGUGCAGGCACUCCUUUUAUUUCCCUAAAAAUAAAGCUGCAGUGACAGAGAACUUUUAUUUCCUUUCCUGGUAAAGAUUAAAUUUUACUUCUGCUAUUCCAGAGCCCCAUGCCAAGAAAACAAAAUAACUCCAUGUUACACUGAGUUCAUUCUUCUAUUUACCGAUCACAAAUGUUUCUAGGACAUUGAUGUCCUAGAAACAUUUGUUGUAACCUAACAGACCGUGUUGGACUUGAAACUUAGUGGGAAGUGGAGCAUGGUUUUAGAAAGUUUUAAGAUACACAAGUAAUAUCCAGUAUGAAAAACUUGUAGCUACUUUGUUGAGGAUGCCAAAGGGAGGAGGCCCAUGGCCUUACCCGAGAUUCUGUUCCUUAGGGUUUCCUUUUCCUCUUGACUUGAUUGACACGUGCUCUCUAUUUGGGCCUCUUGAACCCAAAAAUACAUUAAUAGGAAUCUGUACUCAAAAUUUGAAAAAAUCUAAUGAAAAUCAAAUAUUUACCCACUAUAAAGUUUCGUCAUUGGAUUUCUUUGUCUUUGCCAGAAAACCAUUGUCAUCUCAUGUUGAUCAGGCGUUCUAAUUUGGUACUUAUAUGAUGUUGGUAAGUAUACGUAGGAAGCUGAAUUAUUAUUUAAUAAGUUCACUUUGUUUACUAAUAAAAAUUUUUUUUCUAAAUAUGAAGUAUGUGAGGGAAAAAUAUAAGAGGUAGAACCUUCUGCAGAACCCCUGGAAUGUUGCAUGGUAGGAAUUUAACCUGCCCGUUACUUUUCAUUAAUAGUUUUCUCUCCUCCCUGAGAUCCUCUUCUCCCAGAUACUCAAUCUGGUAAACUUUACAUGAAAGCUUUCUGUGCCAGGCCCACUAGUAUUAUAAAUUUUGACUCUGAAUCCCUGAAAAAGGAAGAAAUUCAUGAGAGAAUUGUGUUACUUUAUAACAGAAAACCAUCUUAGUUGAAGGAGCUAGUAUGACGUAAAAAGCAAGCAAAUAAAUCUUUGCCACAGUCUUUUUUUUAUGUGUAUAGAAUUUGAAAUAAAAAUUUUUCAAAGAAUA